AUGCACCCGAUUUUGAUUUUGUUUUUUGCUUUUAAAGAAGAAGGAAAGGCUAUUGAAAAACGGAGGAAGUCAAACCAAUGGUAAGUCCAAAUGCUGUUAGUAUCUAGGUCAUUUAUAAAUGAUGUUUAAUAUGCAAAAUCUUUGCCUUCCGACGUUGACAAUGCAAAGUCAAAUUCUAGGCUUUUUGAGAGCUUUUGAAGAUUGCUCGGCUAUCUUUACUUCGGCUAUUUUUCGCUGUUGAAAUGUCGACAGAUGCUUCGUCCGCAUGCACUGUUUUAGCAGUAAAAUUUUUGUCUUAUGCAAGUACAGUAGAAACCCGGUAACUUGAAGUCUGAAGGCAAACAAAAAACAGUUAAUAGCGAGGGUUCGAGUUACGGUCAGUGCAAAAGGAAGACUGCGGACUGCAGACUGCAGACUGCGGACCAGGGGUAAAAUGCAGAGAGAGUGUAAAAUGAAGACUGCAGACUGAGAGUAAAACGCAGGCUGGGUGCAAAAUGCAGAAUGAAGACUGUACUCCUUCUUCUUCAAAUAGGUAGCUCGUAAUCAGUUACACACCUCGCUUCGUAGUCGAAGUACAUUACACAUUCUCGCCAAAAGUUCAAUGAACAUCCAAACAGCUAAAGUCUGCGCACCUUGAUUUUCAAUCCUUUCAUAGAAGGUCAUCGAAAUUUCCCGCAGAACAUCUUCCUUUGUUGUUGGAAUGAUUUACUCCCUUUUUUAGCGCCAUAAUUCUUUUGAAUUCUUUCUGUACAUUAUUUUGGGUCAGCAGCUUUUAUUUAAGCGUAAACAUCGUUGUGUUGUACCAAUUCACGGUCACCUGUAUCGAAAGUUGAAGCGUGAGGUCUCUCGAACGGAAAAAAGGUUAAAGAUUGCUAGUAUGUUUUCGCGUCGUCGGCGACGUUCCAGAGCGAGGAAGGAAUGGAUUUGUGAAAAGAGUCAAGUAAGUGUAAGUGGUGUUGUUUAUGAUGUAUUUGCGGGAUUGUUUUGCACUUAAACCCUUCCGCGACUACAGUUUACGCUCAGUCUGCAUUUUACCCCAACCUGCGUUUUACUCUUAGUCUGCAGUCUGCAUUUUGCCUCUGGUCCGCAGUCUGCGUUUUACACUGACCAGUUCGAGUUAUCGGGGUCGAUUGCAAAAUUGUGACCUUUCACGCGAAAACGUGCUAUAACGGCUUUCCGUUUUCGAACGGAAUUCCGUUUAGAACCCGUUUGAAAGCCGUUUGAAAGAAAUUUGCAUUCGUUCGAACGACCUGGGUCAUCCGUUCAAAAAAAUUUGCAUCCGUUCGAACGGCUUGAUCACCCGUUCGACAGAAACGUCCAGCCGUUCGAAUGACUUGCUCACCCGUUUGGUAAAAGCAUCCAUCCGUUCGAACGACUUGCUCACCCGUUCGAUAAAAACGUCCAAACGUUCAAACGACUUACUCACCCGUUUGCUAAAAACAUCCAACCGUUUGAACGACUUGCUCACCCGUUCGCUGGAACAUCCAUCCGUUCAAACGACUUGAGUAUGAGACAGUCAUACGAGCGGUUGUCUUUUCCUGUUCGCGUACUCGCGUAAUUUCUUUAAAAACUUCUCGCAAAGUUAUUAUUACAGGCUUAGAGCUCUUGCAGAAAAUAUAUUUUGCGCUUCUAAACAUACGGUAAUCAGUCGCCUAUAGAAGCGAACUUCUUAAAUUCUACUCUGUGUUACAAUGCGGUUGGAAAGAACAACUUCCUUCGAAAACUGUUCACAACACUGGCCGCCUUUCGAGCCACGAGAGCACCCGCAUCCUUCUUGUAGAAAUUUUGUCACUUUAGCUAUGAUUUCUUCGCUUUUGAGCACGUCAAGCAGAUCGCAUUCAGCCAUGAUGAAGGUUUUCGCUGUAAAGAAGAGUUCCUGCGAGAGAGUAGUUAUGACAACGCGUCCGACUGUCAACGUGAUUGAUGCGAUUGGCUGGUGUUGUGUUACCUGUCACUGUUGUGUAACUUGUAUGCAAAUUUAUCAAGAUCGGUGUCGUGACACGCAAUCGAACUGAACUGACGGGAAUGCGUUUGAGUCGUAGUCAAAUUAAAGGUCAGCAUAGCAUACAAUUUGAAAAUGUAUCGGGAACUGUUAGAAACAAAAAGUUGGGUAUUUGUUUUGUAAGAAAGCUAGAAAAAACAUCACCGCAAAUACUUAGCAAGUUUGCAUUCGCCGUUGAUUUUCUUUCGAGUUCCGCUUCAGCAAACUCAGUUACGAAUGUUCUCUGCGUUUCAAGUUUACUUUCUUUGGCUUUCAGUGGUGAAAUAAACAGGAGCAGUUUCAACGAUUGAAAGCCAUCCGUUCGAAAUUAAUUUUAAGUGAGAUGUGUAGCGGCACGGCACCAUUCGAAAUAAACAAAUUACAAUCAUCACGUUUGUAAGCCGUUCGUGACUGCUCGUUCGAAGAUUUCAUGAGCCGUUCGAACGUUUAGAUCGCUCGUUCCGAAUUUUUUUAUGAGCCGUUCGAAUGGUUUGGUUACCCGUUCGGACUUUUUUAUGAGCCGUUCGAACGGUUUGGUUACCCGUUCGGAAUUUUUUAUGAGCCGUUCGAACGGUUUGGUUACCCGUUCGGAAUGUUCUACGACCCGUUCGAACGGUUAGGCUACCCGUUCGCAAUUUUCCCCGAGCCGUUCGAACGGCUAAGCUACCCGUUCGGAAUACUUAAUCACCCGUUCGAACACUCAUUGAAACCCGUUUAAAACGGCUUGGUGACCCGUUUGUAACCCGUUCGAUGGCCGUUCAUUUCACCCGUUUAACGGAAAGUCGUUAUAGUACGUUUUCGCGUGAAAGGUCACAAUUGGUAGUUGCUGAUUUUCUCAGUACUUAGCUUAAGCUUAUUUAGUGCAGUGCGAAUUUCAUCAGAAACGGUAAAAUGAUAAACCGUACUUUUUAGUGAUAAAACGUGAUCUGGACGUGUUGACUAGUGUUAUUUUUAGUGUUACCCUUGACUUGUAGGAACUAAUGCAGGGCUUGAAAUAAUAGGGGUAGCGAAUGGUACGUCGAAAAACGUGGGUCUCGGAAAAUUUUGUCAGGAUCUCGAAAUCUCGGAAGCGUUUAUGAUAAGACUCGAAGUCUGGUUUUUUGAUGUUUUGUUUUUACUUUUUUGAGUCUCGAAACUUUUUACCAAAGAGUCUCGGGCUCGGAUUUCUAACUAGGAUCUCGGCGUCUCGGCGAGUCUCGGAUUUUACCAUUCACUCACACACACACUCACUUGGUCGCCCGAAGGCGGGCAACCACCAGAUCUUUCCACAGCCUCUUAUCAGCCAUCAGUACAGCAAUCACACUUGCUUCGAAUGCCCCAGUAUCCCUCUUACCAUUCGAUUUUACCAUUCGCCACCCCUAAUAAUAGGGAAUUUAGGAUAGUUCACUGGGGCCAUGACAGUUAGAAGGCGCAAAAUUUUUCAAUUUUAGAUCGGACAACAAAACAGAGGACAUCAUGAUGUACGAAACUCGCUUGUAAUUUCUUUUGCAGAAGGCUCAAUAAAUUACUGAAGAAGAGUUUCUUAUUUUAUAGGAAGAAUACGAAUCAGAAGAAUAAGGGUGCAAAUUAAAGCUAGCUAGUGUUCAAAACUAGUCAAUGCUUUUAUUUGAACUUUCCUUUCCUAAGCCAACACCUUUUGAGUUAAAGAAAUCUUUUCUUGAUAAAAAUGCAGUUUUAAGUUUAAAAAAAAGACAGCUACAAUUAUCACUGGUAGGUCCACUUAAAAAGUCAAACUUCUCAUGUGCCGAAUUACUAAAAUAUAUUUUCACUUGUUUAACCCAUUCGCCCCUGAACCGCCCGUAACCGCCCGUGCGGAUCCAGGUCCUUUCUACCCUUUGUGACGUCAUCAGUUUUAACGGUCAAGGACAACUUUCUUCGCUAACUUGUGCAGAGUGAAGAGAUCUUUCAAACCAUACCAGAAUGAGCACAAUUCAGUCAAGGACACCGGAGAAAGAAGUAAAAAACCACAUGACAAGGACCUGAAAAUCUCCAUGAAAAUCUUGUUCCAUUAGCCACCUACCUUUCCUUUCACCUAAUCCUAAGAUCCUAAAAGCUUUCCUAAAAACUCUUCCCACCAAAAUGAAGCCUACUAAAUGGCCAGCAAGAGAAAAAAAAAAUGAGGCAAGAAAGGCGAAAAAAGAAGGGAGGAGACAAAGCGAAAAGUAAAAGUCAAGACUGCUGUGUCACUUUUAAACCCAAAAACUAUCUAGAAAUUUUGCUUUCUGCGCAUGCCCGAACUUCGCAAGCUGAUAUUUUGCAUCUGGAGCAGAAGGCCGCCAAGUGUACGACCUGUAAACCGCUUUGUGGUAAGUUUUAGCUCUUUAUAGCACGACAGUGACCAGAAAACCACUCGACUAGCUUCAAAACGCGUUUUUCGGCAAAAUCUCCAGGAGCGAAUGGGUGCUUUUAGGAUCUUAGGAUUAGGUGAAAGGAAAGGUAGGUGGGUAAUGGAGCAAGAUUUUCAUGGAGAUUUUCAGGUCAAUGUCACGAGGUUUUUUGCUUGUUUCUCCAGUGUCCUUGACUGAAUUGUGCUCAUUCUGGUAUGAUUUGAAAGAUUUCUUCACUCUGCACAAGUUAGCGAAGAAAGUUGUCCUUGACCGUUAAAACUAAUGAUGUCACAAAGGAUAGAAAGUACCUGGAUCCGCACAGGCGGUUACGGGCGGUUCAGGGGCGAAUGGGUUAAAGGAUUCUAGACCACUGAACAUCGUGAAAUUGAUUUAGUUCAACUAAUUAAGUUUGACGUCUGAAUCAACCUCAAACUUGUAUCAUUUGGGUCGACCUAAAUAGGUAUUAAGUUCGGUACAUGCAAAGAUCGACGUUUGAGUUGGGCGUAACCUUUCUUUUCAGCAAUUUUCCUCUACCAUGGCGGACGACACUAGGUAGAAAACAAGCAGUCGCCAUGCGGCCGCGAGCUAAGUUAUGAAUGAACUCAAACAUUUUCGCUUUUUUUUUUUCAUUUCACUGAUAGGUAAAUCAAUGUAAACACAACCAAAUGCAUAUUUGUGACCUUAUUUAGGAAAAGGGGGAUUAAGGUGAAUAACAAAAAAACGUGUUUUAACACGUUUAUGUUAUAAACGUGUUUAAACACCGUUAAAACGUAUUUAAACAACGUUUAAACACACAAAAAACGCGUGCGCAAGAUUUUUAUGUCGAAAGAGCUUUACACAAACGACGCGUUUAAACGCUGUUAAUUUACCUCGAAUGAGGGCAUAAUUACACGUACACUUGUUUCAUUAUUGGGUGUCAUCCGGGGUUACUCUGAUUUAUUUGAAGCAAUGCAGCUCGACAAACCAUCGAAAACUUAAUUGGGUUGUUCCAGAAAAAAUCCACACCCCCCCGACGGAUGGGAUUCUGGAAUUUCUCGCGGCAGGGGGCAAACGUUUAGUUCGAUGACACUUAAGCGCUUUCAGACCCUGGAAAUAGUCAAAAUGUUUUGUUCAUAUAUUUCUCACCUGACAUAAAUGAUAAUCUAAGUUGCUUUUACACGUCCUUUUAUAGCAGAAAACGCGAACAAGAUACUAAAGAACGGGCCUGAAGGAACUCGUCGCAACGUUGUUGUCACGAAGAGCGUCAAACGCCUGACACAUUUCUACUGUACCCAGAGCCCAGCAGGCCAAGAGCGAUUUUUAUAAGCUAAGAAAUUAUGUAAACACUCGUUCAGGUGUCGUUCGCAUUUUUGUUUUUUGCUCCUUUCGUUUUUAGUUCCACGCGAUAGAAUUCUUAGUUUAAUAUAAGCUGAAGCUUUAGAAAUUAAAACAAAAACAUUUAGACCUGUUUGCGUGUAUUUUCCAUUAAAAAUAAAUUAAAUUUAAGCCUUUUAUUUUUUCCCGGAAAUCCAGGCGGGAGGGGGGGUCUUCCACCUUGGAAAUCCAGUUGGGAGGGGGGGUCUUGUGCUUCAGGAAAUCCAGGUGAGAGGGGGGGUUAAAAAAGGACCCCAUCCGUCGGGGGGGUGUGGAUUUUUUCUGGAAUAACCCAUUCAACGACUCGGAACGGAGAAGAAAUGCCGGAUCGAAAGUCCAACCAAAUAUGGCGGAGUUCUUUGAGGAAGAAAACAAAACACUAAAUACUCGGUGACUCAGUACGUAAAUCAUGAGCAUAAACUUCAACUUCAACAGCGCUGUUGUAGCGGUGCAGAAAAUUCCCGAAUCACGAUCUGGGCUGCAAAGUGGCUUCGAAAAGACAAAAUGUUGUUACCGGUAAUGGCCUACCACUUGUCAGUACAAAAAAAAAAAAGAAUUGCAGACUUCAAUAAUACAAUAAUCAUGAGACAUGGUGGAGGAGUCGACAAGGCCUUAGAAACGGUGUAAAAACCACUAGAAAGUCAAAAUGCAACUGAUACUUUUAAUCCACGCGUACACGUUACAAAAGCACGUGACAUAACAAAUCUGCAACAGUCUCGCUUUGUAAAUAUUCAGCAAUCACAGUCACUCUUCUAAAUGUAAGAACAUCAUUAACGUGCAGACAAUGAAGUUUAUCUUUUUUAGAAAUGAAGAGAAUAAGAGCGAUUGUGCUACAUAACGUUUGCACGGACACAAGCCAAAUGAUUUUUGAUUCGUUGCAACCGCGUAAGCUUGACAUCGCUCACCUUGACGUUUUGUCCAUGAUCCACGAUCUGCUACACUUAUUCAUGAAAGAAAUCAACCCAAUUUUACUUUGGUCGUCGUUAAAUUUUACAAUGGACUAAGGAAUGUACAUUAUCAUGAACGUUUUAAUCUUGUAAGUGCAUGCGUACCCCAGCUAAGUUUCUUGUAUCUGUGUUGCUUGCUCUGGUUCGAUUCGUCGGUACUUUAUAGCGUAGAAUUCACUGUACAGUGCCGUUGUUUACAAAUACGUUUGAGCUGUUUCAUCCAAAAAUAUCAACAGAACUUCCAUCUCGACACAGAACUAGAUGCAAAAAACUUACAAUGUAUGAAUGUUUGCGCCCUACAUUCAACGGUGGCACAUGUUUGUCUAGAUAUGUAAUGGGAUCUCAUGCAAAGGUGCCGACCAAUUAGAGUACAGCCUAGGAUGUCUCAAGGGAAUUAGCGAUAACAUUCCCACACUCUUCAGUCACGCAAUGAAUAUUAUUGAAAUCUUGAUUCAGAACACAUAGAAUUUGGAGGUUUAUUCAAUAAGCGAUCUUCCCUGCGCACAAGCUUACUCACAUUUCUUAGAGGUACAGUCAAAGUUUUCUUGUUAUAAAAGUGGGCGAAAAGCUGAUAUUUUCUGUUCUUACGGGGCGGGCGUCACGACAUCGUGACCAGUGACCCUGAAUGUAUUCAUGUUAUUCGAACGAUAACAUAAAACAUGACGAACGCUUGCGGCAUUAUUUCUUCGAUUCUGCUUCGCUUCUGAUCUGGCGACAUGCUUUUGUCGCCAAAAAUUCCGAAGCGGAAAAACCAAGGAGUCGAAUGUGAAAGUUUUAAAGAGUAUAAAAAGAUUAAAACAAGCUUGAGAAAAAGGAUUGACCAGCCUGUUGGUGAAGCCCGAUAUGCUGAUAGAAACAUUUUGAAACGUCGUUAGGUAGUUUGCAUUUCUUUGAGCAAUAUUGUUGGCUAUUGUAUUCAACAUGAAAACUACAGAAUCCGUAGGCUCAAUUCGACUGCUUGCUCCAUCCUUAGGAAGACUCGAAAACCGCAUCUUCUUUCCUGCGUGUGCUAAUUGUUUGGUUGCUGCGGUUGAUAGCACGACAUUCUUGCAGUACAAGUGGGCUAAAGUUGGUGUGCAUGAGGCGCUCACAGCAAAAACGAUAUUAUAGACGGAAUGUGAUUAUUAGCUGCAAUACAAUUUUUUAGCCACCUGCUAUGUAGAAAGGAAAGGCAAAAGGUAAGCUGCCAGUGAAUUGAUCAUUUUGACACAGUGAGUUGGAAGACAUGCACCCUAAUCUUCACGUUUCAUAUAAUAGAACACUGGUAAUUUAUUCAUUCAAAUACAACUAAAUUAGCUUACUUUCCAGCAUACGAAAUGCAAUAUUGAAGUGCAACAGAGCCGGUUGUUUAAACGCAUUAAAAAUCUGUUUAAACGCAUACAAAAUGCGUUUCCACGCUUUUCAACGAAGCCGAUUAAACGCGUUAGAACGUUGUUUUCUAAAUUCACCUUAAUCCCCCGUUUCCCAAAUAGGGUCACAUUUAACCCAUUGGCCAGGUCACUACGGUCGCCUGGGACAGUUGGAUAGAUGUCACGUCGUGCAAAACAUGCGUGACCUUUUACCGUCGUCCUUCUGGGACGGUGUGUUUUCACAGGGUUUCUCCUCAUGAAGACAAUGAUGAAACUGUCAUAAGAGUUCAGUGCACACUUAUUGUCACUUUUCUUCUAAAACUGAGUAGGUACUGUAUCUUAAAGUCCCUAAUUUCCCGGCUGGCACCAGUCAAGUUGUCCGGUCAAACCUAUUUUUGCUCAGACACAACCCGUUUUUGGCCAGACAAAUGUCUCUUAUCUAGGAUUAUCUGAUUGCACUUACAGUAAAAUACAUGCGGACUAUUAUAAAACAAUACUUUACAACACUACACACACUACUCCUGAAUUUGCCUUGAAGACUUUAUAGGGGACAAAGCAAAAAGUUUUUUACUCACAACUCCCAGAAAAUGAAAAGCCACUGUUUUCGCCCUGCCAUGCAGGGCUUCUGAAAUUUUGCACAGCUUCAGAGCUGUGAAAUUCAGGUAAAUCCGUGAAAUCCUAUGAAAUUCGGUAGAAAUCUUACCAAAUACAUAUUAGUUCAACAUAUUUGAGAUUUAUCGCGGCUAAUGGGGCUGUUUUGCCACAAACUUGCAAAUUUAUCUGAAACUUUGUAACUGCAACAAGAAAACGUCCCAAAACUAUAGGGUGUUCUUAGAUUAUUACUGCAAAAAGCUGGGCUCUGGCCAGUGCAUGAUAUAAAAAGCUUUGCCAUUGGCGCAUUUCUGAACCCAUUGUUGUUAAAACAACAAAUGAUAAUCUCUGAUUAAAAGAUUACCUUGUGCAAGACAAUACCAAGUCCAAGUGAGAUCGCAAAGCAAGCGGGGGUUUUGAGCACAAAAUCACCGGUUUAAUGAAAGGCAACAUUUUAUUUUGAUUUAUAUGUAGUUGAUGUUUCUGUUGCAGUUGUUAUUGCACAGGCUAACGUUCAUCAUUCCCCCCCUCCCCCCCCAAAAAAAAAAAUUGGCAAAAUUGCCGUUUUGUUUCAUUAGAAACGUUCGUGAAAUCAGCGCAAAACCAAUUGCUUUCAAGCGAAAUUGGCUUGAAAAUUUCUGCAAAAUUGGGUUUUUUUAACAAUUGUUUUUGGCGAAAUUUGUCCCGAAUUUUUCCACCAAAUUCCCGCGAAAUCGGCCGUUUUUUCUGCGAAUUCAUCUCUGAAAAUCCCACAAAAUUUGGCUUUUUUUCCACGACAUAUCAGAGGCCCUGUGUUAUGAAUGGUUUACAUUAUAAAAGUUCUUGAUCUGGUGGCCUUUUUCUCUCUCUCCUCCCACUUUCGAGUUUCAAGUUAUCUGAGUUUGAGAAACUGGGUACUACUGCAGAAUAUUCUUCAUGUGCCAAGAGGGAAGAUAAUUAUUAGAUAUCAAUUGAUUAAUUAAUUUGUUGAUUAUCGAUGUACAAUAAACACUUUUGUGAUCAAUUAUUGAUCACAAAAGUGUUUUAUGAUUAUCAAUUUUCAUGGGAAUCGAUAAAUUGAUACAUUUACCUUUCAAUGAAUUUCAUCAUGGGGUCAUUGUUUUGUCCAGCACCAUCAAUUUCAACAAAAUAAUUUAUGUCACAAAGCUUACUGAGACAUGAUUUUUUUUUUUUAAAUUGAAGUUUGUGUUAUUAUCAAUUAUUGGUCCUCGAUUGGUAGAAGCCAGUCAACUGCAAUUAACAGCAAAUAAAAUAAUUAUGUAUAACAUGCAGUUGGAAGAGAAAUUCUGACUGUGCAAAUGUUAUAUUGAGAGGUCAUAAGCGGUUUUUGUUGACAGACAUCACUUUUGACGCAUAAUAACCAUUUAGUAAAGGUUUCAGUUUGUUUUGUUUUCUCCAAAAUGCCCAGACCUGAAUACAUGUAACUGCAUGAAGUUGUUAUAUCCAUGAAUUUUGUCACUCUACAGAUGUAGGCCCAGAUCCAGGUUGUUCAGAUAAAACUGCUGGAUAUUUUGGGAAACUUGCCUAUCCAUUGGAUCAGAUUUAAAUCACUGUCCACCUUUUAAGGUAUCUGCACAGCAAAUUUUGCACAUUUUUGCAUCAUUUUUAGUGGUUGUUUUUUGGAUAAUAUCUAUAUGUCAUCCAUUGACAGUAUGAGGAACUAGAAUAUAUCAAAAUAAACUAUGUUAUGUCACCCAAAACGUGUUAAUUCAAUUACCCCCUAGGGUGACACGGAAAGAGAAAAAUCAAAAUUUCAGAAGAAUCCUUAGAGUUAUUGUUAAAAAGGAAAUGUAACACAAAUAAGGACGUAAGAUAGAAUAAUUCUGUGUUCGACCACGACACAGCUCCAAUUAAUCCAGCCUCUAGGGCACAAUUUGCUAUUUUGUAAUUUGACCCAUAUUUUGACAUCAAUAACUCAGCUGUACAGCAAUUCUAACCUUUAGUCAAACACAGAUCUGUUCAUUAACAUGCUCUUUGUGUAUUUGCCAAAUUUCACGAAGAAUUAAUGAUCCAUUCCUCCAAAAAACUGGUUCCCGUAAGUCAAGGUAAAUCGGUCACGCGGUAAUUAACGCUUUUCCAGUGUGAAAAAGCUUAUUUUCUUCUCAAAAUCAACUGUUUUUCCUCAAUACUACCAUCACAGACCUUCUUGCCCGCCAUUUUGAAUCACCGCUGUGUGAAAUGCUCGUGGAAGCCUAAGAAAAUGCCAAAUGACCUCUCCAUAGCCCCCUUGGAUUUUGAUACGUGACCAGUUGCUAGGUGUGACGCAUUUCCGGAAGAUGCGUUACUCAGUGUCAGCUUUAACGCAGUGAAGCGCGCCGAAGUAUGAAGAUUGAAGAAGAGGUUUAUUCAAAAUUGAAAAGAAUUGCUUCUGUAAAGUGAAAGAAAUUGGCAGAAAAACAGACCAGAGGAUUAGGGGCCAAGAAAACGUUUUACUCUCCCGGCAAAAUUGUCAGAAUAUAUCAGGUGAGAAGACACACCGAUGUAAUGUAAAUUUAAAACAAUAAUAAGCCCUGGAAAACGGAGUAUAUUUCAAGAACAUAACAAAUUUUGACAAGAAGCAAGUAAUAUUAGUCAUCACAGCUUUAACAGAAGGAAGAAAAAUCAAGUUGGACAUACAGCGGCUGUAGUUUGUCAAUGAAUCCAAGCAGUGAAUAGAUUUUGUUCAGCGCAUCAAUAGAACUUGAUGCUGGAAAGAGGAGUCAAAUUGCGCUCCUGCCGUCCUUUUUCUUAGUAACGGAAAUGAAAAUUUUUCUUUAACUUCCGGUAAAUCAGUCAACUUUUGAGUAGAUUUUCUCUUAAAUGCGAAGGUAUAUUCAAAAAAGAACACCAGAUAUGCAUAUUACAUCAUCUGAACUUACUGUAGAAAGAUUUUGAGGGCAAAAUAAAAUGUUGAAAAUUUGCCUGUGCAAAUACCUUAAACAACUGGGGCUAUCUCUUUAGUGUAGUUUGAAGGAUUUUGAAUUCUCGUGGAUAGUUAUUUUACUGAUCCAAAUCCAAUUGAAACAAUUGUAGCUUAAACUAAAGUUAUGUGGAUGAUAGAAAAUUGCACUGUGACUCAUUCCAGGCCCCAGUUGUUCAAAAGGUGGAUAGCACUAUCCACUGGAAAACGCAAUUAGUUUUUGUAAUACUUAUCCAUUGGAUAAUGAUUUAUCUGGUGGAUAGCGCUAUCCAACGUUUGAACAGUGGGGCUUAGAUUGUUAUUUCUUACUGAUUCUGUCCAUUUUGUUCUUCUGUAAACAUUAAUGUUGUAUAAUAGACUGGAGUAUGACAUUAAAUACUAGGUGAAUUCUCGUUAAUUGGUGAUUAGAUACUUUUAGACUACAUGUAGGUUAACAUUUGUCUAGUGACUGUUCUCUGUCAAAUGCCACUUUUUUAUUACCCCAGCCAUGGUGCAGCCCUAUAUGUAUCUCCCUACUGCAUGACAUGCAGUGAGUGUUGUUUGUGACAAAAAGAAAUGGCAAUACAAAGCCAAUUAUUUCUGACAAUUGUUGAGAUCCAGAAUCUGAACUUUUUUUAACAAGUAUAGUCCAAAAUUCAGGUCCCAAAAAUGGAGGAAAUGGUAAUCCACUUCAAUUGCAGGAUCUUCAAAUCUGCUAGAAUUUUGCUCUGAAUCCAAAAUCUGGGCAAAAAUCCUUUCAAAAUGUGAUCUGGUGGCCCAUUCUCCCCUCUCAGUAAGUAAGCUACUAAAAUUGAGUGGAAGAGGGUUCUCAAUAGAAACCGGCACCCAGUGAUUGAUCACUGCCUACUUUGGAAUUUGUACAUGUAACUGCUUACACCAUGUAUUUUGCAUUCUAUUUGCUGCUUUUCCCAUCCUAGUUUACAGCCCAUCCGUUUGUCACUGCCACCUACUUAAGGUUGGGCAGAUGCCUACUUCAAAUCCUAUUGAGAACCCUGCUGGAACAUUAUUGUUUUUAUGUGUUACGUUUGCCAAGUACAGUGUAUAUACACUUGUUAAUCGUAAGAAUUUAACAUAAGCAGUGAUCAGAACUCACUAACAGCAGUAUUUAAAUACACUCCCUUGGAUCUGUUCAAUAGGCCAUUUCUGAAUUCUGAAAAACUCUCACUUUCAAAACAAGGAUAAGUGCAAAACCUUUGUUGUGAAAUUGAGACUUAUUUGUGUGAUAAUGAAAAGAAUUCCAUAUCAAUGUCUUCGCACUUAGCAUUCCUUUGAAACAAAGGGCUGAGGCAACUUGGAAAUGGCCUAUUACUUAAGACCUUACUAGUUUGUUGACAUGUCAAUUUUGGUGUGAUAAGUGCAACAGAGUCAUGCUGUUAAACACCACAGCUGUGACGAUAUCAGCGUAGAGGUACAGCGUAGCUUAAAAAUACUUUAAUAGUUGUUGCCGUUAAAUUUUUUAACCGUUUUUUUUUUUUUUUUCGGUCUUAUUACCAUAGUCUGAGGCAAAGGGAAAUAAUUCUAAAUACAAUAUAAGAAUUUUCAAUCAGAGAUAAAUUUGAAUCACAACAUAAUAUCUCACCAUCAUGUUAAAAUAAUUUUUUUUUUAGCUGGGUCUCUGGAAGGGCCCCUGAUGGUAGAAUCCAGCAUUACAUGCUGAAGAUAAGAAGCUGAUCUGGCUGAGAAAAGCGCCGACAAUCAGUGUGGCAGAAUUGUUCAAGAUGAUCAAGCUGCUGGCUUAUUCUCAGUUCAUGGACGGGUUGUCACAAGACCUCUACAAAAGCAGCUUAAUAGCACUAAAUCAGUGAGACAGCGUUGAUGAUGCAUGUCUUGUUCAAAGUGAUGUCAAGGAUUGUGGAGAGGAAUGGAGUAAUAUUUAGCUGAAAGAAUGAACAACAUAACCUAUCAACCCUCACUCUACUUUACCAUCUUUAAUGUACUUAAUUUGCUCUUUGAAUGUGGCCAUUCUUAGUGACAUAUCAUUCUUUUUGUUAUGAAAAAAACACUUGACUAAGACACCCGGAAGUUUUUAGAUUUAUACUGUAACUGCAUUCAGUGACAAAAUUGUUGAGACAUCGUACUCAAAUAGGGUAACUACAGCGAACAAAAGAAUCCACACCCCUCCCCCAUCCCCUCCAUUCAAAGUUGGGGUGUUUUUUGUUUUCUGUAGGUAGCUCGAACAGUAGCUCAACAUUGCGUGGAGGGGAUGGGGGAGGAAAAGCUUUAUUUUCUCCUUUGUAAGUCAGUAAAAGUGAUGUUCAAAGCCCCUUUAGGGCAAAGUGUGUCGACUAAUUUUGUUGCCAAUUUUGGCCUCUGAUUGCAAUCCUUGUGUAUUUUAUUUCAA